UUCCCAUCAACACAACUGCAGGAAAUUCGUCAUGUAAAAUGUGACAAAUGUGUGUGUUUUUAGCUUUCAAAUGACUUUCUGCUGGCUUGGGAAGGUGUAAACAUGACUUGAGUACCUCCUACCUCCAUGAUUCUACCGACCGAGUUGGCGUUAUGUAGUUUGAGUGACAUAUUCAGCGGUAGGUGAUGAAAGACAAGUCGUACAUGAUCGUUUCCACCGAGUCGCCAUCAAAGCUGCCCGAGGACGAGAAUUCUAACAAAAUGACCAAGAAAGUUCGCAAAUGGGAAGUGUUUCCUGGCAAAAACAAAUUCUGUUGCAACGGGAGGAUAAUGAUGGCUCGGCAAACGGGAAUAUUUUAUUUCACCUGUGGUUUAAUUGUUGUGACUUGCGGACUCUUCUUUGGAUUUGAUUGUCCGUACCUGGCCAUUCAUGUGAGCCCUGCCAUCCCGGCUGUUGCCGGGGCCCUCUUCAUCUUUGUCAUGUCAACAUUAUUCCGCACCAGCUUCAGUGACCCCGGGGUUAUACCAAGAGCUACCCCAGAUGAGGCAGCUGAUAUAGAGAGACAAAUAGAGGUACCAAGUUCUGGCUCCCCCAACACAUACAGACCUCCUCCCCGCACCAAAGAGGUCGUCAUCAAGGGGCAGAUAAUAAAGCUGAAGUAUUGUUUCACAUGUAAAAUUUUCCGCCCUCCCCGCGCCUCCCACUGCAGUCUGUGUGACAACUGCGUAGAGAGGUUUGAUCAUCACUGUCCCUGGGUAGGGAACUGCGUGGGAAGGAGGAACUAUCGUUACUUCUAUUUGUUUAUCCUCUCUCUGUCCGUACUGUGUAUUUAUAUCUUUGCAUGCGUGCUCACCCAUUUGAUAUUACGGUCACAAGAUGGGGGGAAUUUCCUACAUGCCAUGCGAGACUCUCCUGCUAGCAUUGUAGAGGCCAUCAUCUGCUUCUUCUCGGUCUGGUCCAUCAUUGGCCUGGCAGGCUUCCAUACCUACCUGGCUACAUCUGAACAGACCACUAAUGAAGAUAUCAAAGGCUCGUUUUCCUCAAAACGAGGUCAGGAUAAUUUUAACCCUUACAGCAAAGGCUCAAUUUUCAAAAACUGUCUAGGAGUUUUAUGUGGACCCAAUCCCCCAAGCCUGAUUGACAGACGGGGUUAUGUAGUGCCCGAUACAUCAGACAUGCACAUGUCCACGGGAGGAUCCGGAAGAGAGAGCAAGUCCGUGAACUUGAGGCACGAGAAUUAUGGAUCCACUACUGUCACACAGAAGACAAACAACAUGGGAACAAACACAGUGACUGAUCAGAAUAACCUGGCCAACUUAAACCCGGUCAUGAAACAUGACAUGAUCAGUUACCAGGAGCCUGAUGGAACAAUCAACAACAAGCUGCCACCAGUCAAUGAAAUGGAACAAAAGCUAUUGGGUAAAAAGCAUGCUCUUUGGGAUCUCACCUUCAAUCAGCUUAACAUGAAUGACAACAGCCAGGUUUCAGUGCCGUUAAACAACAGCCGAGAACACGAGCCCCCGCAUAUAACAAUCAAGGAUGACAGUCAGAAAGCGUCAUACCAUCAGGAGUCGUCACCCACAGGAGUGGCCACAUAAUGAGUAUUUGUAGUCAUUUGCCAGUAGACAGCACCUAAUCAUUAUGAACAUGGUUAUCUUCCCCUUACCAUUCAUCCAUGUACACUAGAUGCCAGUGACUGUCUGCUGGAAAUGAUUUUAACUCUUACAUGAUUAAAGUCCUGCUGUACAACACAAAUAGCCAGGCUUUAAGGCAUGCUCAUGAAUAUGCUGAUUAUGGCCGAGGUAGACCAAUCAGAGUGGGGUUUGUGUUCAGGAUAACAACUAUUUGUUAAUGUUUGUUUUAAUACAUGAAGGCACCUCAAGUUCGAUAUGAAAGAAAGCUGUAUUGAAAUGGAUUAACCAUGUAGUGUUGUGCAGAGGUGUAACGUUCUGGAAACAAUGGUUGAAUGUUAAAAGCCAAAUCUAGAUGCUUAUCCAGGAUUCUUGAGAAAUAGCCAGUCCAAGGCUAGAACAGCUGCAGAUGAUUGUAAGAGAGGACUUCAUUCAGAUUGGAGACAUGCAGAAACCCCUCCUCACUAAGUUGUUUUCAAAACUCUGCUGCUGUAUCAUUAUUAAUUAGACUUCAUAAUCAACUCCCAUGGAUAUGUUUUUUGAUACCGACUCUCGUCUAUUUUUGUAUUUUCUGUGGCAAGAUUUUUGAACCCUAAUCUUUCUUACACCGUAAAAACCCUGCACUGUUUUAAAGUGGCCAUGGUGUUCAUGAUCCAGUCUCAAAACUACACAUUUCAAUUUUUGGUUCUCCAAUGCCUGGAUGAAAUAUGAUUGAAUAAGAUCAGGAUUUAUCGUCUGUCUUGAAAGAUGUACAUGUGGAAUAGCUGUCGAUCAAUCACUCAAUCAGUUGGUCAGCAUCUCUUCCUUAGGAGCAAGCAUUUUUCCAAUUUGGUUUACUCGCAGCAGUGUUUCUUAAUUAUUUAUUUUAGAUAUUAAUUAUCCAUAGGUAGUAAAUGUCAUAUUUUAGGUUUUUAUAUUUCUGUACAUGAUGUAUGAUAACAUAUCAGUUAUUUCAGAGAAGUCCCUUAAUGUCCAAAUUGAAAAAAAAAGGAAUUAAUUUUGUAAGCCAAUUAUUACAGGAUAGUUGGUAGAGAUUCAGUUACAGGAGGUACUGAAUAAAUUAUUGUGCUGGACAAAGAUAGAUCUAAUCCUGUACUUAAGAGGUCAGUACACAUAUAGUGUACAAAUAGUAAUACUAAUAAUUAUAUGUACACAUCCAUAUACAGUACUCCAAAUGAAACCACUUCCAAAUUUCAAAACUGGAAUUUGAUCACCCAGGAAAGGGUGUUUCAAAUCGAUUUGUACAGCUUUGUCGAAACUAUUUGUGUAGCAACCGCAUAAUCAUUCAUCCAUUGAGGUCAUCUGCAGUUAUAAUUGAAAUGAUAAUAUUUAUGUACUGUGAAAAAUGGUAACUUUAUCAUCGGUUAUUUAUACACCUUACAUCGUUACAGAAUGAUGUAUCAGUGCCAUUUCUGCUUGCAUGUACAUUGCAUACUUAUAUACAUGUAUGUACAUUGAAUGUCCAUUUCUACUUAGUGGUUUCCUGACUUAGAAGCAAAACAUGGCCUCAUGAUUGCUGCACCAGCUUGCCCUUGAUUUAUACUGCAUCAAAUAAAUUAUCCAUAUCACAUAUGUAAUAUCAAAAAAUCAUAUUUUAACUGUAACAUGUAUUGAAACAGUCAGAGAAGUUUUGUCUGACUUCUUUGAAAGUUUUCAUAAUAUUUGCUGAUCAUACACUGUCACUCACUUUUUUUGAGCUAGAGGGGUGAGGGCAGAGAGGUGAAGCAGAUGGUAUGUUGGAGGUGAAGCAGAUGGUAUGUUGGAGGUGGAGUAGAUGGCUUGUUGGAAGUGUAGCAGAUGGUAUGUCCAAAAAGCUUGACUAACUAAAGGGCAUAACAUCUGUAUAAGGUUGGGUGGAUCUUUUCACCAAGACAAGUUGGCAAAGCAGUUUGCAAGUCCUGUGCAGAAGUUGACCAUUGAUUUAUCCUAAUGCUUAUAAAAUUUUGGACAGAUAUUAGUAGUGUUGAAAGUAGAAUAUUACAUUUCUUUACCAGCCUUUUGGAAAACUAAACAUUUGAGUAUGUUGUUCAUUAGAUGGUGUAACCAUGUGAGGAAAAAGAACCUCAAUAUUCCUGCUAGAAUUACAUGUAUAUUGGCUAAAAUGAGGAGACCAGGUGUCCCUAAUUUUAAAAGAAAUAGGGUAGUGGUAAACUGAUGGCAAGCAGACAGUUUCCUGGAAAUACCAGGCUUCCAUGCUUUAGUAGUUUUAAAACUGCCUUCAGUGAUUUUUUUUUUUGAAAAUAAUUUUUGGAAUGAUGUUUGAAUUACUCAUUGUGUGGCAGUAGUUGUACUCCACUGACAGUUAAAAAAAAAUUGCAGUACGUGUGAAGAUUAUUAACAUAAGAAAUUGAUAAUAAUCACGUUUAGUUUUUGGUGACACUUGAAUGAAGAAUCCGGACAGGUGUUAAGAAAAAUUUUUAACUAUUGGUUUAAAGACUGGUCUAUAACUGAACCAUUCCAGAUUGAAGUUUGUUGAAUAAUAUGGUGUAAUAAUAACAAAGUCUAGUACAUAGUUAAGUGGUGGUGAGGCUUUUGGUAUGGCGUGUGAGAUUACGUGUCCAUUGUUAGGCAAAUGUCAAAAUGAUCUGAUUGUCCAUUUCAAAUUUUAUCCCAUGACAAGUCCUGUUUUUUUUUUCAGUAAUCGGGUAUAUUUUGAAUUAAACUAAUGGAUUGUGUAUUUGAUGCUUGUGUCAGUAUGAUAAUGAUAAAUAAUUUUCAUCAUGCCGAGUGGUCGAGGGUAUAUCUGUUUAAAUCGAGACAAAAUGUUGCUAUACUGCCAUUGUAUUGCUUAUAGUUUCCAGUGAUAAGCUAGUAGUCACCCUAUCACGGGACAUACAGUCAUCUUUGGCUUAAGUCCCAAUGUAUCGUAGGCUUGUCUCCAGUGGUUGGAAUUAAGCUGGCUUAAAGUGUCAGGUACAUUUUAUACCGAGUGUAUGCUUUACUGUGUCGUACGGAGGCCUUUGAGGACAUAAAUGCCACAUUUUGGUAGACCACACCCAGGAAGUACCAUCGGCCAUUGUCCAAUUUGAGGUCUGUCUAAUUUUAUGGAACUUCAAGAAGGUGACCAGGUAGUCACAAAGGGAAGUAGGCCGCAAACAUUGACUUAACCCCUUGCCAAUUGUUACCUGGCGGUCUCUUACUGAAUGCCUAAAGCUUCGCUAGGGUAGCCACCACGUGUUUGCCGCAGUGUAUUGACUGCUCAGUAUGUCUUCUCGAUGUUCAUAGCGAGGAAGGUUUGUUGUGAAUGUACAUGCAUCUACUCUGAAAUAAGCCCUUGCUUUGUUUUCCUGACAAAAGAAUGUCUAUUUUAUUUCCCUCACACCCAUAUCCCCAAAAGGGCCUUACCAAAUCGAGAGUCCGAUGACUUUGUUUUUAUACGUGUUGAAUUGUACUAAGCUUUUUAUAUGAAGGUAUUAAUACCGUAUUCCACAGAAUUUAGUAUAUAAAAUAUGUACGUGUACGUCACUUGAUGUGUCAUCUUUAUGUAUUCAUUCUAAGUGUGAUAUCUGUCGACUGUAUUCCGAGGCUCACAAAGCCCCUGUCUAUAUAUUCAAUUCAUAUAUAUACGUAUAUAUAAUUAUCCUGGUAAUACCCCUGCCUGUGUUUGUCAACGCUUUACGCGCUGUGAGACGUGCCUGGCUUCUCCUUGUAUUUGUAUAUUUUGUGUUACGAUUUGUCUUCGGAUCCAUGUUUGUUGUUGGCACGUGGUUACGUAUGCGUGUAUAUCAGUAUAGUUACGCUUCAGUAAUGUAUGCCGAAUAAGGUAUGAAUAUUUAAAGGGUUCUGCAAAUAAAGAACUGCGAAUGGAAAAGAAGGCUUUCGUUUUAUUUAAGUACUCAUUUAUGUGUGCCUGUGAGCAAAUUUACGGGAUAGAAGGGAUUUGAAUAAAAGUUCGUGCAGUAGUUGGCCUU